CUUCCGUCCAGGGAGAGUGAUCAGGAACACGCUGUUUUAAACACUGUUUUGUUUUCUUCUGUCUAAGAGCGGUGAUGUCGGAUGGUUCCAAAUUGAGGGAUUCCUGGAGCAAUGCACUAAAUGACGCCGAAACACGCUUCAAACACUUACUUUCUGCUUCCUUCAGUGAAUGGAAGCGUGUGUCGACAUCUGUAGAUCCUGCAGUCAACAGAAAAGGCAAAGCAAAGGUCUCUUCGUUACCAGAACUAUCCAAUGUCAUUGUUCAUCGACAUUCAAGUAAAUCCGGAGAUGAUAUCUACAGACUCAUACUCGACGUUCCGGCCGAGGAGGAAAUGGUCACACUUGAGCCCUGGAGAGCAGUUCUUACUACUCCAGAGCUUCGGCAAGAGUGGGACCCUGCAGUAGUUGAUGCUCAUUUGGUGGAAAUGUUUAAUCAAGACACACGAAUAUCCAAGACGAACUUCACGUUGGGUUGGCCUGCGAGUCCUCGAGAUGCUGUCACAAUUUCACGGACAAUUCAUGACGCCACGACUGUUAUUGACAUUACCACUUCCCUACCACGGUCUUCGGAUGAGCCUGCUUACCUCCGUCCCUCCCCCCCGUAUCUCAGAUCGAAUGUAUCAUUGCUUGCUUGGUGUAUACAACAUAUCAAACCUUCCCAGCCACCGUCAGAGUCGAAGCGCAAAUCAUCACCCGCUGGGAUAAUACGUGUAACUUGUUUCUGGCAGCAUGACCUCCGCGCUAUGUGGAAUAUUGGAUCCUCCUCAAGCGUCGUUCAGCAGCUUUCAACGAUGAUAAUAGGUCUGCUGAAAACGGUUACCAAACGAGCUACUCGCAUUCCCAAACUUGUCGGUUAUGGCAAUGGCAUAACCAUUGAAAAGAUCCGCUUUCAAAUUGACAGGGAGGCGUUGACUAUCGAGUACUCAGUCAUACCCGAAGAUGACAGUCACACAGAUCAAUCACGAGGAUUCGAAGAUCUUCUUGUUCUUCGGGACCAGCGACGUCUAACUCGGGCCAUAGAAUGUGUCUUGCCUUCUGUAGAAGGCUGGGAUGUACAACUCACCACAAAAGCUUCGUCCGAAGAGGUCGAGAAACUUCCAUGGGCUGCACAUGCGACACGUAGUACCUCAUAUAAUUCAUCGUCGGAUUCACCUUUGGAUCUGGUUGUCCUCCGUUUAACUCAUGCGCCUCUAAUUGACGACCAUUCCGUCUUGAAAGUCAAAGUCGUAAUCGAAAUUUCGGGUCCCUCCAGUGGAUUGCGGUUGAACGGAGUUCCUCAAAGCAUUAAGGAGCCUGAAGAGCAGCGUGAUCCUUCUUCCUAUGCUGCAGCCCAGUCUAUUAUGCUCGACGUCGGAAGUGCAGCAGACGUCAGUUUACCGUCGUCAUCAUCUGUUCAUGGAUCUAGUGCUACCAGCUUUGCCUCAUCGUCAUCUGCGCCUCCAUUGAUCCGCGUAGCAACGGAGAGGAGUAUAGGAGCUGAAAAGACCAUCUUAUCGAGGAUAAAGAGAAAUUACAUCUACUUUUCUUCGUUGCUUCAAGAACCCGAAGCGAAAUGGAAGCGUACUACGGAGGCCCGUGGUGUCACGAUAACCCAGCUUGAUUCCAUAGAUCCGACAUUAGUUGUUUACCGAGCUGAGGCUGCGUUUGUCGGCGUCGGGCUCUGGGAUCUCUAUAGUGCUGUUGUUUCUCCGGGCGCCAGAAAUUUCUGGGACAAGCAGCAUGAAGACGCUACACUUCUUGAAGAUGUUAAUGAUCUCACCGAACUGUGGCAUAUAAAGACAAAACCUGCAUGGCCUGUAAAUGGUCGGGAUUCUGUCGUUCUGAAGACAGUCUACAAAUCACCUACCGCAAUACACGUCUUCUCCUUCUCAGCGGAUGACUCGCACCUAUUUCCCAACAUUCCAUCAGUGGAUCCCAAUGUUAUUCGAACACAAGUAGAUCUACAAGGAUGGGCUAUCGAAGCCUUGUCGCCAAAUACGACAUUAUUGACCCUCCUGGAGCAAUCGGAUCCCAAAGGCUGGACGAACAAAACUUCAAUUCCCAUUCAAAUGAUCAACGCUCUCGCUGGUAUUGGAGAGUUCGCUAUCAAAUUCGGUGGUCCACCCAUUGUCACACGGCUUGCUGGUGCUAAGGCGAAUGACUUGCGAUAUGAUCAUGAACGAUUCAAUUUCAGAUUGGAAUAUGAGCCACAUGCUAGUCGGAGAAUGGUGGGUGGAUCACCUACUGAUAAUUCAGCGGCAACGUCGACCUCGACUACUUCCGACGAAAAUUCCAGUACACCUACCUCUCCAGUGAUCGAAUGCGAAAUACGAUGCGAUAUGGAUACUUGGGGACAUUCAUUGGAUAUUGUGGUGGAUCCGCCCCCGCAGUCGAUUUCUUGUUUGAGACGACACAAACUCUCAGACGAGGGGGGUGGGCUGUGGCUGACGAUUACCCAUGAUGCAGUGUUUGUCGAUGAUGAACGGCUUCAGGUGAUCGUCAGACGUGGCCCAGGUAAAGAAAAGGGUCUUGUGAUGGUGAAUGGAGCCAAAACUAGUGUUGAUAUUGAGGAACUUCCCGAACAUGAGAUAAAAACUUUGGUACGGAGGAAACGCAUUAAACCGCCUCGAAUCCCAUUGGAUCAGCCUCCGGUAAUGGGCGUUAUACGGAGACGCCGGGCGGAGUGGGAUGCUGAUGUGUUGGAUUCCCCAACGUCCGAGAACGUAUUGAAUACUGACGGAGCUUCCAGUACCUUGCCUAAGGUAUCCAGUCCGCUUGCAAGAUUUUUCACGUACGCAGUCGAUCAAGCUACUGCCACUACUCAGCAAACUAUCGCAGCUAUUUCCCCUAUGGCAGCGGGAGCAAAUGACGCGCUACUUUCUUCGUCCAAGCUCCCGAUGCAAUACGUCCUUGAUGCCCUGUCCUGGACACAGAACUAUCACUGUAGCACCACGCCCCAAGCUGGCUGGGCUCCUGUGAAUGACAAAGGGCUUUCAGUUCGGCGGAAGCUCGUUUCCGAUAUAUCUCCCGUCAUUCCGAUACACAAGGGAGAGAAAGUCAUUGAGGGGAUAUCUGCGGAGGAACUUGUAGCAGUUAUCACCGAACCUGACUGUAGGAAGAAGUGGGAUGACAGGUUCGAUUCGGAAACGGUGUUUGAGUCAUAUGGAAGUGGAUGCAAGACGAGUUUUAUGGUGUCCAAAGGCGGAUUUCCAUUCCGGGAUCGAGGAUUUUAUAUUGCGUUCGUGGUGGCUCGAGCACAAGGCUCCCCCUUGGGAUCUAUGCGAAAUACAGACACUGGGACCCCUGGAAGUGGUUCCGGGGACGCUAGCGGUAGAACUGGUUGCCGCAAUGCAAUUUAUUGCGUGUCUACUUCUUUUAGUCCCGACUCGGUUAGCCAAUUUUCUGCUGCAAAGUAUAAUCAGUACGGAUUGCCCAUCGGGCGGGUGUACAUAGAUGCGUGGAUUCUGGAAACAUUGGACCCUUAUACGAAAGAGAAUUACGCUGUCCCGUCGUCGAAGUGUACACGACUAGUUGCAGUGGAUUAUGCUGGGUCUCUUCCUGCGGCCAUGAACUCACUCAUUAAUACCAAUAUUCCCCGUGCUAUUCUUACUGUGGAGUCCUACGUCAAGAGUAUCUCAUCAAUGCCUAUCACACGUUUACCUGCCGCUGGUUUUAUACUGGCUGAUAGAAAAGACGACGAUGUGGAGGCCGAAACAUAUGCUAAGUUCGGAUGGAAAUUGCGCAAACGGGACGAGUACAAGACUUUGUUGCGAACGAAGUACGAUUCUUCUUCUAGGGUUUAUACCAGUUCAAUUUUCGUAGAUUAUCCUGGCGGGGCUAAAUCUGAAAAUCUCUCGGCGGGAGGCAAGGCAUCUAGGAGUAAUGUUUCUUUGAGUCCUACACGACAGUUUCCCCUUGAAAAGCAGGUCACGCCACGCGCGAGCAGGGUGGAGCUAAACACUCUUCCUGAGUCUUCAUCUAGUGACUCCAGCCUGCAUACCAUUCAAGGUGUGAUCUCAACUUCAGCAUCAUCUCCGUUAUCCGCACCAAUAACCCCAACCAAAUUUUUGCCCUCGUCCACACCGCCCUCUUUCUCAAACAUUGCAUCCUUGUCAUCUCUCUCAUCCAUGACCCAUUUAUCUACGAAUGGCACCUUUAACAGCUUGAAUAACAUUAACAAUGUCAAUCUAACUCAAGCCAUGCCAGGCCAACGCGAACGCACUGCCUCCGUGUCGAACUCAGGCUUCCGCGGUCGCUCCUCUUCCGCCUUUACCCUCAAAGGCGAGGUUAGGCAUACUACGGACCUGCUGGUAGGCGAAGUCGUAAUAGAUUCGAAACUUUAUCCUGAGGGAUAUAUAAUUACAUUAAAAUCCAAGACUCUGAAGAUUACCGGGAAGGAGGGGAAGGGGGUCAAGGAAGGAGAAAGGCGUGACGAAUCUAAAUCGCCACCUCGGGCAAAUGAUAGUUCUAUAACCAAGAGUUCUGCUAACCUUAACGCCACACCGAUCAAUUUGGAUUCGCUCUUCUCAAGCUCGACCUCAUACUCGACUGGCGUCGCAACUAAAGCGUCGAUCUCCCCUUCCUCGCCAUCCAUCCCUCCAGCAUCAAACUCAAAUCUGAAUUCCGACUCUGAACUCCUCGAACACCAACUUCCCCUUUCCUACACCCUCCACACCAUCCCAUUAUCCCCGCUUCAUUCCUCGGGUUCCGGGAUGGGGACGGGGACAAGUUCCGAUUCGCACUAUACUUACGACUACGAAUCUGAGUCUCCUACGAGACAUUUACUCAAACUAACGCUGCCUACUGCGCAGUAUUGUGUUUCUACGAUACAGGAUCCAUUAACGGGCGAGACACAAGUUGCGCCACCAAAACCGAGUUGGUUACUUGAGAUGGAGGAAGGGGGCGCUGUUGUGUAUGUUGAAGUUAAACCUGUGCAAAAAGAUGCUGAUGGCGUUGGGAUGGUAAAGGGUAAAGUGUGGGUCGUUGAUGGAAGAAAUGGUGUAAAUGAUUCUAAAGUCGGUCAUGACACAAAAAAUAAGGUAUGGAAUGCGAAGAGGAAUAUUUGGGAGGUAGCGGUUGUUGGUGAAAAGGAGUCAUUGACGACGUUAGGAAGGGAGGAGCUGUUAGAUGACAGGGUGUCGAAGAUGAGUAUACUUUUGAGAGCGACAAAUGAAUCGGAAGCGCUUCCUGAUGAUCUCAAAACGCCUGUCGGAAUCGCAGAUAGUCUUCUCGAUGCGAAGACAGCGGAUGUGUACGGUCAAAUGAUUGUGGCAGAUGGAAUGGAUCGACAGUCUUUAGGCGAUUCGACAGAGGUCAGUAGCUCCAGAACCGAGAGCGGGACAAGUGACGGUGUGGUGCAGCAGGGCACGCAGGCGCCAGAGCCCCCAGAGACGCCACGACUUAAUCUCACGCAGCAGGGAAGCGCUGGUGGAGGCAUUUUUUCAUUCAAAUUCCUCCCGUCGUAUCCGUAUCCUCUCUCCAGAUUUAUAACACUCGGAACGGCGACUAAUAUCACACCCGCUGAGACUAGUGGUCCCAAUGGUUCCUCGGGUGGGAAUAUGAAUACAACUGGUGGUGGAAAAGUUGCGGUUAUGGGACCGAAACUGAGGAAGACGAGUGACAGCGUUGAACGACCCACAGUGGCUAAUCCCACGAGACUGUAUCCGGUGUCAACUUUGAUGAUCGUUGCACUUAUUGCGUUUCUAAUUGGUUCCCUGUUUCGCUCGUUGCUUUCGCCUGCUGAUUUUGUGUACGUGGUGAGGGAUCUCGGGGAGGCAGCGGAUGCACAAAUUCUGGGUGAUGUGGCUGGUACUGGAACUGGAUGGAGAGAAAUGCGGAGGUUAUUUGAGAUCAAGUAUGUUUUUGCUGGAUGGGAUUUUCAAGUUGCAGUGGUGAGAAGGCAUUAAUGCGAGGCAAAGAAUAUAUAGUACAUAAAUGUAUAAUGAUAACGGUCCAUAGAGUACUGUAGAAUACUAGUUUUCAUGUAGCGAUAUAUUGAUUUUUUGUACAGACAAUUUUGACCAAAAAGGCAAAAAGCA